CUAAGCAGUAAUGGACGCUGCCUGCAUCAAAUCAUUUCCACCUCUUCUGGAUUACAAGACAGAGAAAUAUGUGCUGACGAGAAAUGUAAAAAUUGGUGCAUUGCAUCGUGUUCUUCAUUUUGGGAUUUUAUGCUACACUGUUGGAUGGGUUCUUCUAACAAAGAAGGGAUACCAAGAAAUUGACUCUGAUCCCCGGUACUCUGUGAUCACAAAACUCAAAGGAGUUUCAGUCACCAAGGAUUUCAGAGAAUUAGAAGAUAAACUUUGGGAUGUUGCAGACUUUGUUAAACCAUCUCAGGGAGAAAAUAUCCUAUUUUUGGUGACUAAUUUCAUUGCAACACCAGGCCAAAUGCUAAGUGUCUGUCCAGAGAGUCCUUUCAUCUUAGACGGCAGAUGUGGUGAAGAUCUAGAUUGUGCUGCUGGAGAACCUGUGGUAAAUGGCAAUGGGAUAAAAACGGGAAAAUGUCUCUGGUUGAACAGUACCCAUUCUACUUGUGAGAUUUAUGGCUGGUGCCCCGUUGAAAAUGGAUCAUUGGUGAGUAAGCCGCUCUUAAACGAAGCAGAAAAUUUCACUCUUUUCAUUAAACAUGCAAUUCAUUUUACCAAAUUUAACUUCUCAAGAGCAAACACGCUGGAGACGUCGAAUGAGACCUAUUUUAAGAGCUGCAGAUAUGAUCCCAUUUACACACCUUAUUGCCCUGUCUUCCGAAUCCAAGAUAUCAUAGGAAUAACUGGCCACAACUUUGAAGAACUGUCCAUUCUGGGGGGAGUUUUGGCUGUCCACAUUGAAUGGAAAUGUGAUUUGGAUCGUACUGUGACCUUGUGUAAACCACAAUAUAACUUUCAAUUACAAGCAAAGAAAAACAACUUCAGAACUGCCACCUAUUAUUGGAACCAAGAGAAUCGAGAAUACAGGGAUCUUCUUAAGCUCUAUGGAAUCCGAUUUGACAUUUCCGUUACUGGAGAGGCCAGAAGGUUUGGUGUCAUUCCAACUGCUGUCAGCCUUGGGACUGGUUGUGCUUUAUUGGGUGCAGCAACAUUUUUCUGUGACUUGAUUCUGUUAUAUUUGGAUGAAAAAGCCAGUUUCUACUGGAGCUGCAAAUAUGAAGAGGUUAAGCCACCUGCAGAUCAGAAAUCUACUUAGAGAGAGAGCCUAUUCACACUUGUAUUCUGAAUUUAUGAACAAGAGCUCAAAGAAAUGCUUCAAUACAUCUGUGUGCCUUAAAGCUGCUGCUACAAUUGCUCAACUAAUAAAAGUUUUUUUUCUUAACAAAAUAAAGCACCAUAUACAAUAAA